AUGUCCAAAACCACCUUUGCUAUCUUUGCCGCGGCUGGAGCAGCUACCGGAGCAGGCGUCACGGCUCUGAUCUAUUCAGCAACAUCUCCUCGCCAACAGACUACUCCUCCGCCUACCGCACUGGCAGUUCCAGCCACAACGACCACAACCACUGCUUCCCCGCCUAUCCAUGCUCCUACGCCGUCCUUAGCUGCCAAGGCUUCCACUGCAUCUCCAGUCGAUCCCUCGGGGCUGCUCCAGUAUGGUUUCCCUGGCCCCGUCAGCGAUCCCCUGAAUACGCUCCCCUUGACAGGGGCCUAUGACCGGCGAAUGCGAAACCCGUCCUGGGUCGCUGAGCAUAUCACUCCCUUCUCGCUUUCUCUUAAGAACGCAGACCGCAAGCACAGUGCUUUUGCUGAAGACACAACCAUCCCGACCAUGUUCCGCGGGAAGCUGUCCGACUAUUUCCGCUCGGGUUACGACCGUGGCCAUCAGGUUCCUGCCGCGGACGCCAAAUGGAGCCAAGAUGCAAUGGAUGCGACUUUUGCAUUGAGCAACAUGUGCCCCCAGGUGGGAGAGGGCUUUAACCGCGAUUACUGGUCCCACUUCGAGGACUUCUGCCGCAACCUGACCAAGACAUACCCGUCCGUUCGCAUCGUCACAGGACCGCUGUAUCUCCCCCGCAAGGAGGCUGAUGGCAAAUACCGAGUUUCUUACGAAGUGAUUGGCGAGCCACCCAAUAUCGCCGUCCCUACUCAUUUCUAUAAGGUCAUCUUUGCCGAGCAUGGAACCAAUCCAACUGACAAAGUCGCUCUGGGUGCUUUCGUGCUUCCCAACGCUCGUAUCCCGAACAGCCAGCCCCUAACCGAUUUUGAAGUCCCCGUUGAGGCUGUCGAGCGUGCCAGCGGUCUGGAAUUUGCGACGAAGCUUGAUGCCUCCCGUCGCCGACGUCUGUGCCAGGAAGUGUCAUGCGGUAUUGUUGUGAGAGAAUUCAACAACUCGCAAAAGUCAUUGCCCGGCAAACGAUGA